AUGGAAGACGCGCUAAGAGAACGUGGUAGAGGACGAGGACGUGGCCGUGGGCGCGGUAGAAGAGUUGUCCCCGAAGAACCUGUUCCACAAGUAGCACCGAAUCGCACAGCCGAGGAAAAGUUUCGCAAGGAAAAACCUCCAAUGUUUGAUGGAUUGGGCGAACCCGCGGAUGCCGAGAAAUGGGUUAGGACAAUAGAACGGAUCUUCAACUACAUACGUUGUGACGAUCAGGACAAAGUGGCAUGCGCAACUUAUCAAUUGGUGGACGAAGCUGACUUUUGGUGGGAGUUAGUGAGGCGAACUAUGACUGACGAACAGUGGGAGAAUUUCACAUGGGAAGAAUUCAAGGCUGAAUUGUAUGAGAAAUAUAUACCGGGAUGUUACCGACAGAAGAAGCAGAACGAGUUCUGGAAUUUGAAGCAGAGGGCUGGGACAGUGACUGAGUACGAUAAGACCUUCAAUCAACUAUCAAGAUAUGCUCCGAUGCUGGUAGACACAGAUGAGAAGCGUGCAGAGAAAUUCAGAAAUGGGCUGCAUAACGAGAUAGCGAUUUCCUUAGCAAGUCAAUGA